AAUCACAGAAGCUAAAAAGCACGAAUAAUAGUUGAGAUCUGCCACAAUAAAAGAAAAGCUGUUCAAGGCUAAGCGUGUUCCUCGUUCUCUCCCUCGAACACAACGAGGUUGCAACUCAAACACUGUACCAUGAAAUCUCUCAUUUUCAUCCUCACACUGCUCAUCAUCGCUGUUUUCUCACAAGCAGCAACCCCAUUAAUCACUCUAUCUCAAUCUCAAUCUCAACCUGAAGCGAAUGAAUCUUUCAAGGUCAACCAAACCAAGUCACAGAACCAGGCUAGUUCCUGUAGCUACACGGUGACCAUCAAAACAAGUUGCAGUUCUCCCUCUUACACCAGAGAUCAGAUUAGUCUUGCAUUUGGUGAUGCUUAUGGCUAUCAGGUUUAUGUGCCGAGGUUAGAUGAUCCUCGUUCAGGAACAUUCGAGCGGUGCUCUACGGAUACAUUUCAGAUACACGGCCCGUGUACGUAUCAAACAUGCUAUCUGUAUCUAUACAGGAAUGGAUACGAUGGUUGGAUUCCAGAGAAAGUGACCGUGAACAGCUAUGGCUACAAACCUGUUACGUUUUACUACAAUACUUACAUACCUAAUGGUAUUUGGUAUGGCUUUGACAACUGUCGCGGUUAUUUGCCUUCUACUGCAGCAGAAUAGUGAACUGUAGUGUUACUUUUUCAUCACUAUGAAAUAAUUAGAGGUCCAUGAACCCUGGUGUUCUUCUGGGUUCAGUAUAGUGGACUUUCUGUUCACCCUUUUGGAGUGUGUUUCAUGUAUGAACUUGCACUUUUCUGGUUAUUACCAUCUGGUAUUUAAAUUCCAUAGACUUUUUGGUUUUUGCAUGGAUCAA